UCGCUGUCAGAAAACCGCCGACGCGAGGUGAAUCCGGUCGUUCGUGUCGUGCGCGUCCUCGAUCGCGUCCCACACACACACACACACACAUACGCACGCUACGCGUGAGUGCAUGCGCGAUAAAAGCGGAUCGCUGCUGCUCCGGGCUGACGGAAUUUUGACAGCGCGUUCUCGCCUACCGUCUCCCGACGCGCGGCAAUCAUGGACGAGAAGCGAAAUAAUCGCGAGGUUAUGACGGUGCUGUUCCUGUGCGUGCUGUGGUACGCGAUAUCCAGCAGCAGCAACGUCGUCGGCAAGAUGCUGCUGUCGGUGUUCCCGUACCCGAUCACGGUGACGAUGGUGCAGCUAACCUCGAUCACCAUCUACUCCGGCCCGUUCUUCAAUCUGUGGGGCGUCCGCAGGUACACGUCCAACAUCACUUGGAGCUAUUACAUGCGGCUGAUCGUGCCCUUGGCGCUGGGCAAAUUCCUCGCGAGCGUGUUCAGCCACGUCAGCAUCUGGAAGGUGCCAGUCUCCUAUGCUCAUACUGUGAAGGCUACAAUGCCCCUCUUCACGGUAAUCCUGUCGAGAAUUAUACUGCGGGAACAACAAACGUGGAAGGUCUACCUAAGCCUGGUACCGAUAGUCGGGGGCGUCGCAAUCGCCACGCUCACGGAACUUAGUUUCAACAUGGUCGGUCUGAUAAGCGCCUUGCUGUCCACCAUGGCGUUCUCCUUGCAGAACAUCUACUCCAAAAAGGUGCUACACGACACGGGAGUGCAUCAUCUGCGACUGCUGCACAUACUCGGCCGGCUGGCUCUCUUCAUGUUCCUACCGUUUUGGCUGUUGUAUGACCUGCGCAGUUUAGUGUACGAUCCGCAGACGAAUACGUAUGUGGAGAUGAGCUAUCACACGGUAGGACUGUUAUUUUUAGACGGUGUACUGAACUGGCUGCAAAACAUAAUCGCGUUCUCCGUGUUGUCCAUCGUGACUCCUCUGACGUACGCGGUGGCGAGCGCGAGUAAACGUAUAUCCGUGAUUGCGGUGACAUUGUUUGUGCUGGGCAAUCCGGUCACGUGGCUGAAUAUAUUCGGCAUGACUAUGGCGAUCCUCGGUGUAUUGUGUUACAAUAAGGCCAAGUAUGACCAGAGGGUAGAGAAACAGAAGACCACGACCCUACCUAAGUAUUAUAGCUCGCUUCACAACGGUAAUAACAAUUCUUUCGUAGUAAACGGAUACGUUGACAAGAAGCAUCAGUUAUACUCGGUCUAGUCUCAAUUAAUUGCUUUCCCGUCUUUGACAAGUUCACGUGAGUUUUCUCUCAACACGUCGCCGAGAGGUCCGACCCUUUUUUUCCUUUUUUUCGCGAUUCGUGAAUCAAUUACACUUCUGAAAGAUAAGGUAUCUGGGAAAAAUUUUUUCAUACAUAUAUAAUUGGAUAAAAUUAUAUAUAUAAUUAUGUAGGAUGCCUUAUAUAGGGUUCCUUAAGUACCUUAAGUACCUUAAGUCUCUUAAGUAGCCAUACUUAAGGGGAUGAUUCUUUGGUAUAUUUCAAGUAAAAAAGCUCAUACAAACAUAUGUUCAGGAAAAUGUAAAUGUCACGCAGGUUUUAGGAUAUUUUAUUGAAACUUGGUGUAAGCUUAUAACACAUCAGGGGUGAUAUUUCAAAUAUACAUUAGCUGAAAGAAGCAAAAAUCAGAAAUAAAAUAAUUAAACGAAUUGUUGAAAACGGCCACUUUCCGCCAAGAUUCGGUCCUCCUUCUCAAAGAUUGAUGUACACGCUCAAAGAUGUCAGGUAUGUUGAAGAACUGAAGCCUGUUUUUGUAUUCUUUACUGCUGUUUUUGUUUUUGUCACUGGCGCUUCAGAUAGAUUAUUACCACACGUUUAUAUUUUUUUUAAAACACCCUAUAUUUCGGAAGUUUGUAUGAAC